UGUAUUUGCCGCUCAUUUGGAAAGGUUAGCCAUGAAAUUGUAGUAAUCUUAUUAGGUGGUGGAGAAGAGAAGAGAUAGACCGUUGGAGAAAGACUCGCAUCAUUCUUCUUCUUCUGGCCGCGCCUCCUCCUUAAUUACAAUCAGAAUUGAGUUUCUGAAAUUGGAGAGAAUGAGCAGUUCAACGGGUACGCCUAAAUUUAGUCGGAGCCGGUCGCGAUUAGGGAAAUACGAAUUGGGUAAGACCUUAGGAGAGGGCAGCUUUGCAAAGGUCAAGUAUGCCAAGAACGUACGGACAGGCGAUAGUGUCGCCAUUAAAAUCAUUGACCGCGAUCGCGUCCUCCGCAACAACAUUAUGGAACAGAUUAAAAGAGAAAUAUCAACGAUGAAGUUGAUCAAACAUCCAAAUGUCAUAAGAAUCUUUGAGGUUAUGGCUAGCAAGACGAAGAUCUAUAUUGUCCUCGAAUAUGUUCAUGGAGGAGAGCUCUUUGAUGAAAUUGCUAGACAUGGCAGACUCAAAGAAAAUGAAGCUAGAAGAUACUUUCAACAGCUUAUUAAUGCCGUUGAUUACUGCCACAGCAGAGGCGUUUACCACAGAGACUUGAAGCCUGAGAAUCUGUUGCUGGAUUCAUUUGGUACUCUUAAAGUUUCAGACUUUGGAUUGAGUGCACUUUCCAAACAAGUUCGAGACGAUGGACUGCUUCAUACUGCUUGCGGGACACCAAACUAUGUUGCCCCUGAGGUUUUAACUGACAAAGGCUAUGAUGGUACAUCAGCUGAUGUCUGGUCCUGUGGAGUCAUUCUCUUUGUUCUAGUCGCUGGAUACUUGCCUUUUGAUGAACCAAACCUAAAUUCUCUGUACCGAAAAAUCCUGAAGGCUCAUUUUUCACUUCCACCAUGGUUAUCCUCCAGCUCAAAGAAACUGAUCAAGCGUAUUCUUGAUCCAAAUCCACUCACGAGGAUCACUAUUCCAGAGAUCCUUGAAGAUGAUUGGUUCAAGAAAGAUUACAAGCCACCAAAUUUUGAGCAAGAUGAUGAUGUCAAUCUUGAUGACAUUGAUGCCAUUUUCAAUGGCUCAGACGAUCAUCUCAUUACAGAAAGUAGGGAAAAACCUGCUUCUGUCAAUGCGUUCGAGCUCAUUUCAAGGUCAAAAAGUUUCAACCUAGAAAAUUUGUUCGAAAAGCAGGGCCUUAUCAAGAGAGAAACACAAUUUACUUCCAGGUGCCCUGCAAAUGAGAUUAUCUCCAAAAUUGAGGAAACUGCAAAACCUUUGGGUUUCAAUGUCCAGAAGAAAAAUUACAAGAUGAAGUUACAAGGUGACAGAACAGGAAGGAAAGGCCACCUUGCUGUAGCAACAGAGGUGUUUGAAGUGGCUCCGUCGUUGCAUUUGGUUGAGCUCCGGAAAACUGGUGGCGACACAUUAGAGUUUCACAAGUUCUACAAGAACUUCUCUUCGGGAUUAAAAGAUAUCGUCUGGACAUCGGAACAAACCUCUGAAGAAAAAAGGUCUUAAUAAGUGGCUGUUCCACCCUCUGUACAGUGGCUAUAAUGUUCAAAUCAACCUGUAAAGUCUCAAUGUUUGUAGAUGCUAUCCGCACAGUGGCUAUAUUGUAGAUGCAUCAAUGUUUCAUUGUUUCUCUGUCUGAAUUUGAUCCAUACACACAGUACAAUAGCAAGAUCUGUUGACACCAGUUUCUCAAGAUGGCAGAAGCACUCAAAAUGAAUAUGUUUGUACAAUUCAAUACAUGGGAUCCUGUAAGAUUAUACUGACAAGAUCUCCAUCGUGUCUACACCAACUGCUGCAGAUAUGUAGGGAACUAUUUUCCUAUUUUCAAUUCUAGCUUUUGUUUCCAUCAAACUCACAGGUUCUCCUCUUCUUUUUUCUAGUACCACCUUCAUCUCUUAUUCUGAACUAGCAGAUCGUCCUAUUAUCCCUUUCCCAUAGUGUGUACAAGUAGAUUUUUUGCAGAAAGUUUUUAUUUUCCUAUAUUUUCAAGGGACAUCAUCUCUUGACCA